AUGGAUUAUCAGCAUUACGUUAAAUGCAGCAAACAGCUGCAGAGGAGUGAAAGGGCAUACGAUAGCAAAAGAAUUUCUAUGGAAUUGAUGGAAGAAGAGGAAUACGAAGAAGAGGAGGAGGAGGAGGAGGAAGAAGAAGAAGAGAAGGAGAUGGUAUCGAAUCGUCACGCGAAUUCAAAGAUUAAACCAGAGACGAGACUCGGUCUGUGCUCCGUUUGUCAUCUUAGUAUUGCCGAGAGAACUUCAGACGAGACGAACGUUGCUUUCGAACGAGCUUCUUUUUCUUCCCAAGGACAUCUCUUGUGUCGUCGUUGCAUAGAGCACUUUUCCUUUCAAUCAGGAGGGAACAAAGCGAUGUCUUGUAAAGUUGAAGUUCCCGAAUCGAUGGACACCUCCUACUCUAAUGAUUCUAACGUGGAACAAAGCAAUGGCAGAUAUCACCAGCAAGACAGUUAUUGUAGCAUAAUACGGAAGGACGAACGAGAUCGGUACAAUUCCGAAUUUAAAUUGAACGGACAGACUACGUGGGAAUGUUCUCGUCGACCGAUACGCUGUCCUCGCAUCGAUUGUGACGUUAACGUUGCAUUUUCGUCACUUACGCAUCAUUUCCUUUUCGAUCAUCCGGAAGUACCUAUUCUGAGCGUUGAACCUGGUGUGAAAAGCACGUUGAUCAUUAGUUUCGCAGCACUCUCUUACGAUACCAGUCGAUGUUUAGCUCUUCUGUUGGUAUCUGGUAAAUUAUCAGAUUCUGCUUCAAGGCUAUUCAAUAGUAAUCAGAUCAAUCCUAAAUACCGGAACCGUCUACCACUUCCUCUAUUAGCUGCUCGCUUACACACCAUAAAUCAUUAUUCACCUUCCGACGAGGUUUAUGCUAGCGGAGAAGGUCAAUACGAAAAGAAUGUAAUAAUCGUCUGGGUCGCGGGAUUGGAUAUCGGAAAUGCCGCAAAUAUUCUCCGAUGUAGUAUUCAAGCCGUGGAUAAUAUCGAUAAUGAAAGUUUUCGAUCAUUAACGUACACGGGUCCAGUAAAUUCGCUGAGAACAGCCCAACGACCGCGAGAAGUUUUCUUGAACGGUGAUUGUAUCGUUCUUCACGAAGGCUUGAUCGAUCAUAUUACUUCCGGAUGUACCAAUCUCAACAUAAACGUUAUCAUUCAUUAG